AUGCCUAGACCGCCAGCUGCUCUCCCGCCGUACCUCACCUCGGGUGCAUCCUCAAGAGCCCAUCAUGGCUUGUUGGUCAGGUUGAACGAAGCAGCUUCGACACAAGAGGAAGACGAGAUCAUACAUAUGGAGAUCAGCAGGACCAAGGAGGUGCUGAGUGUCAGAGGCCAGAGUAUGAGCAAGAUAGCGGACACCUUGGUCAUACUGCUUCACUGUCUCAUGCUGCGGCAUAGGACAGAGGAAGAUGCAGAAUUCGCUCUGGUAUUAGCUCUCCAACUAGCGGAAGGUGGACGUACGAUCGCUGAAAGGCGAAUGGGUUAUCUGUAUCUGGCAGAGAGCUUACCAAAAGGCCACGAGCUGAAUCUGUUGGUGAUCAACACAAUCAGAAAGGAUCUAUCAUCGUCCACACCAUCGCAUAUCCUUCUCGCACUGCAGACCAUCGCCAAGAUACCAUCAGAGGAUCUGGCUCCGGCCGUCAUACCUCUCUUGACCACCAAAUCUCUACUCCGUCAUAAGAUACCAGCUAUCCGACAAAGAACGUUUGAAGCACUGUUGUCGCUCCAUCGUAUACGACGAACAACCGAUUCCUACCCACUGACAAUAAACAAGCUGCUAAAGUCACUCGAUCACGAACAAGACUUAUCGGUUCUAGCCAUAAUCCUCAGGUCGAUAAGGCAUGUUCUGGAGACCGAUGCUCAACAUUUCGGAACGGAUGAAGAACGUUUAUAUGCGUUGGAAAGAUGUAUAGCUAUUGCUAGAGACCAUGAAGUGGGAUACAUGGGUCAGAUAGGGCUUGAGGUGGUGAAGACUCUUGGGCAGAUCGUGGAGUUCAGUGAGGAAGUAUCGGGAACCAUCAAAGAGAUGAUGACCAACUAUAUGAGGGAGACUUUGGAUGGGAUUCAAUCGUGGCAUCGCUGGGAAGGAGCAUUCCUCCUCGAAGUGUGCCAAUAUGCUAAACAUACACCGCAAAUAUACCAAAGCAUCUUACGACAUAUCUCCGAUUUAUUGCUACCCGACCAAGCCAAAAAAUCGUCAUCCACAUCCUCAGUGUUACCUACUCCCAACGACCAUGUUUUAGUGCUCAGAUGUUUAAUCCAACUACCAACAGAUGUAUGGGAUGGCGUACUAGGCGAAAGGGAAAUGGGUGUGAUUAUGGAAGGGGUGAAUAGCGUUGAUGACAAUAUACGGAAAGUGACGAUCCGAAUACUCGGAAAGCUCUCGCCAGACUUACCCUUGAUGGUCCUUCAAACAUAUUUGGAUUCAAUCAAGAGCUCGACCAACCUCUCUCUACCACUUGCCAUGGCGAAUGGGCUGGACAUAUACGAGAAGACAAGACUUGGGAGGUAUGAGACUGCUUUGAGAGCGAUGGAGGUAGUCGAAGCGCAGUCUGCAGAAGACGGGCGUGCAUAUGGUGAAGGUGUACUGAAGAUAUUGAGGGUACUGGAAGAAGGGAACCGUGGAAGGGGACCGAUCUGGGAUGAAGGAGCUGGACAUAUUCUGGGACGAUUGGAAUAUCUACCUCGUUCAUCCGCCGAAGCAACAACGAUCUCCCUCUUGGAAUUGUUACAGACAGGAAAUAAUAGUCCUGGGGACACUACCGUGGUCAUAACCACAUCAAUCACAUGCCAGCAUUUGCCCUCCGCGUAUGACAAGGUGCAGGAGGUGAUACAAUACUUUGUCAACAGAAUACCCCAUUACAAUGCAUCUAUUCAAGAAUUGAUCUUGGUAACCUUGGUAUCGCUUUUGAUCAAACUGCAGUCAGAUAGACUGAAAACCUCAACAAAGUUGGUUCACAAAACGAUCCAAGAUCUACGAGAGGGAUCUUCCAGAUAUCUCCAAAAGAGAUGCGAUCAGAUAUCUACGGUGAUCAACAAGGACUUUCUGGACGAGGUCAAGGAGAAGUCAAAAUCGUCAAAGCUGGCCGAUGUAUUGGACGCUAUCAUCUCGGUAUCUACAACGCAUUCCGAGAAGCUCACUCCAAGUGUCGAAACCACUCUAUCUCCUCCUCCACCUCGAGCGAACUUAUCGGCCAGUCACUUACGAUAUGAUGCGUAUCGAUCACCAAGCCGGACAAGGAAGAGUCACGAACGAUACCGAGAUCACUUCGAUGACGAUAGUGAUUGA